CGCCUUUUUUCAACUGGAUUCAAAAUCCCCCCUCCGGCCCCAGCCAUAGCUCUCUAACGGAUACUUCUCUCGUCUCUCUCUCUUUCUCCGGCCAGUUCGCCGCCGUCAUUCUCCCCUCCGCUCUCUCCGUCGCCCGCAAUGAAGCCGAUAAUGCAUACUAGGAGCGCUAUCUUGAGGGAGAAUCACGAGGCCUUGGCGGCAUCUCCGAACCCUAGCUCUGUCAAGCAAUUGCCGAAAUGGUCCACGCCGCCGCUACCGAAUUCCAGUAGCAGGAAACCGAGAUCGUCCAAGGAGAAUGCUCCGCCGCCUUCUCCAGAUCCGUACGCAUCACCUUCGGCCGGGGCUAAACUUAAGAGUCCGCUUCCUCCUCGGCCGCCUAACUCCAAUCCCCUGAAGCGGAAGCUUAUUGUGGAUUCGGCUGGGUCUGAGUCUUCCGUUCCUGGCUCUUCUGACUCUGGAGUCAAAGUUAUAGUUAGAAUGAGGCCACCAACUAAAGAUGAGGACGCGGGAGACAUGACAGUUCAGAAAACUUCUAGCAACUCUCUUUUGAUGUCUGGACAAAUUUUUACAUUUGACUCUGUGGUAGAUACUCAAUCGACACAGCUUGAUAUAUUCCAGCUUGUGGGAGAACCACUUGUCGAAAAUUGCCUAGCUGGGUUUAACAGCUCCGUCUUUGCUUAUGGACAAACUGGGAGUGGAAAGACAUAUACAAUAUGGGGACCAGCCAACGCCCUGUUGGAGGAUAACCUAUCAAGUGAUCAACAAGGCUUGACACCACGUGUUUUCCAGCACCUUUUUACAAGAAUUGAACAGGAGCAAAUUAAGCACGCUGACAAAGAGCUUAAGUACCAGUGCCGCUGCUCUUUUCUUGAGAUUUACAAUGAACAAAUCACUGAUUUGUUGGAUCCAAACCCAAGAAACCUACAGAUUCGAGAAGAUGUGAAAACAGGUGUUUAUGUUGAAAAUCUUACGGAGGAAUGUGUUUCUACUACGAAGGAUGUGAAACAUCUUUUGUUAAAGGGAUUAUCAAACAGGAGGACUGGAGCAACAAGUAUAAAUGCUGAGAGUUCCCGUUCACAUAGUGUAUUUACAUGUGUGGUUGAAUCACGAUGCAAGAGCAAGGCGGAUGGAUUAUGCAGCCGGAAGACAAGCAGAAUAAAUCUUGUUGAUCUUGCUGGAUCUGAACGUCAAAAGCUUACUGGUGCAGCUGGAGAGAGAUUGAAGGAAGCAGGGAACAUCAAUCGAUCUCUUUCACAACUUGGGAACUUAAUAAACAUUCUUGCGGAAGUUUCACAAACAGGGAAGCCAAGGCACAUUCCCUAUAGAGAUUCCAAGUUGACAUUUUUAUUACAGGAAUCACUAGGCGGGAAUGCAAAACUGGCAAUGAUCUGUGCCAUUUCUCCGGCACAAAGCUGUAAGAAUGAGACUUUUAGUACCCUGAGAUUUGCCCAGCGUGCAAAGGCAAUUAAGAAUAAGGCAGUUGUCAAUGAAGAAAUGCAGGAUGAUGUUAAUUUCUUGAGAGAUGUUAUACGGCAACUUAAGGAUGAACUAGUUCAAAUGAAGGCAAAUCAAAGAGAUCAAAAUGGUAACUAUUCUACUGGAUGGAAUGCCCGGAGAAGCCUAAACCUUUUGAAAUUCAGCCUUAAUAGAUCAGCAGCAUUACCUUUUUUAGAUGAUGAUGGUGAUACACUGAUGGAAAUUGUUGAAGAAUCUGAAAGACGGGAUCUUGAGCUCAAUAAAGGAAAUGUUGAAACAGGGAAUGCAGCUCCUGAAGAAAUAUCUCAUGAAGAAAUAGAUACAGAAAAAACUCCUGAGAAGUCUCCAAAUUGUUUGAACGAUGAUUCAGCUUUGCCUAAUCUCAGUAUAGUUCCAUGUGAUGUUCUAUCUCCAACACCAAGUGUUUCACCGAGGGUUAACACUGGCAGUAGGAAGAGUCUUAAGACAACAUCAAUGCUGACUGUCUCCGAAAAGAAUCUCAUAGAAAAUGAGUUGGAUGCCCCACAUGCUCCCUUAGUAAAGCCCUCAAGCAGCACUUGCUUGAAUUAUCAGUCCAAACAAAGUAGAAAUUGUUUCAAGACAACAGAGCAUUUGGCUGCAAGUCUUCAUCGUGGCCUUGAGAUCAUUGGCGAUCAUCAUCAGAGUGCAUCUUUGAGAAAGUCCUCAUUUAGAUUCUCUUACAAGCCUGCUGAACUUAGAGCAAUAUUACCCAUUGCUAAAGUUGAUUUGGUACCUUUUGAUGGGUCACAGUCCAGUGACAAAUUCAAGGUUCACGUUCCUAAAGCAGUGGAGAAGGUUUUGGCAGGAGCUAUACGGAGAGAGAUGGCACUGGAAGAUAUGUGUUCCAAGCAAAGCUCGGAAAUUAGGCAACUAAAUCGCUUGAUUCAGCAGUACAAGCAUGAGCGAGAAUGCAAUGCGGUAAUUAGUCAAACACGUGAAGAUAAGAUUGCACGCCUGGAGAGCUUGAUGGAUGGGAUCCUAACAACUGAGGAUUUUGUAGAAGAUGAAGUGCUGUCCCUAACCCAUGAGAACAAGAUUCUGAAAGAGAAAUAUGAAAACCAUCCUGAACUGUUAAGCUCAAAAAUAGAACUUAGUCGUGUUCAAGAUGAGCUGGAACGGUAUCACAACUUCUUUGAUUUGGGUGAGCGAGAAGUUCUAAUGGAGGAGAUUCAGGAUUUGAGAAGCCAACUUCAGUUUUACGUGGACUCUUCAUCUAAGACGACAAAAAAACAAAGUCCAGUGUUGCAAUUAACAUAUCCAUGUGAGCAAAGUGUGGGUACAACACCCAUUUCUGGCAGUCCAGAACUAUUGGUAGAGGAAACUGCUGAGCAUAAACUUGAAAGGGAAAGAUUGCAAUGGAGUGAGACAGAGAGUAAGUGGAUCAGUCUCGUGGAAGAAUUGAAGUCAGAACUUGAAGCAAGCAGAAAACUUGCUCUUAAACAAAAGACUGAACUAGAAAUGGAGAAGAAGUGUUCAGAAGAGCUGAAAGAAGCAAUGGAGAUGGCAAUGCAGGGUCAUGCAAGAAUGCUUGAACAAUAUGCCGACCUGGAAGAAAAACAUAUACAGUUGCUCUCUAGGCACAGGAAGAUUCAAGAUGGGAUAGAAGAUGUGAAGAAAGCAGCUGCCAAGGCAGGGGUAAGGGGUGCGGAAUCUAGAUUCAUAAAUGCUCUUGCUGCAGAAAUCUCAGCACUUAAAGUUGAAAGAGAAAAGGAGAGGCGUUUUUUCAGAGACGAAAACAAAGGACUUCAGUCUCAACUAAGGGAUACUGCUGAAGCUGUCGAGGCUGCUGGUGAACUGCUUGUCCGGCUUAGAGAAGCUGAAGAGGCCGUUGGAGCUGCUGAGAAGCGGGCCACGGGCGCCGAACAAGAAGCAAGCAAGGCAUACAAACAGAUUGAAAAAAUGAAGAAAAAACACAAGCACGAAAUCAACAAUCUGAAACAAUUGCUUGAAGAAUCUACUCCCACUAGACUGCACAAACAAGGAGAAACUGUCCACGAUUCAAAAGAGGCAACGUCACAGAACGACACUGCGGUGGAUCAACGGUGGAAGGAGGAGUUCGAGUCGUUCUAUCAAACGGAGGAGGAGCUCUCUAAGUUACACCCCUCUUCCUGGUUCACUGGCUAUGAUCGAUGCAACAUUUAAUAGGACUUGAAACAAAAAAA